AUGGACAGUCAGGGCAGGAAGGUGGUGGUCUGUGACAAUGGGACUGGGUUCGUUAAGUGCGGCUUCGCUGGCUCCAACUUCCCCGAUCACAUCUUUCCUGCUAUGAUCGGCCGACCCAUCAUUCGAUCAAGUGUCAAAGUGGGAAACUAUGAAAUCAAGGACUUGAUGGUUGGAGACGAGGCGAGUGAGUGCCGGUCGAUGCUGGAGGUGUCGUAUCCGAUGGAGAACGGGAUGGUGCGCUGCUGGGACGACAUGCUGCACCUGUGGGACCACACCUUUGGACCGGAGCGUCUGGACAUCAGCCCCUCAGACUGCAAGAUCCUGCUGACGGAGCCUCCAAUGAACCCCAUCAAGAACCGAGAGAAGAUCACAGAGAUUAUGUUUGAAAAAUACCAGUUCCAUGGGAUUUAUGUGGCCAUCCAGGCAGUGCUCACCCUCUACGCACAAGGUCUGCCACCAGUAAAACAACCAUGGUGUCUGCCCACAUGGUGUCUGCCCACAUGGUGUCUGCCCACAUGGGUUCUGCCCACAUGGGUUCUGCCCACAUGGUGUCUGCCCACAUGGUGUCUGCCCACAUGGUGUCUGCCCACAUGGUGUCUGCCCACAUGGUGUCUGCCCACAUGGGUUCUGCCCACAUGGUGUCUGCCCACAUGGAUUCUGCCCACAUGGGUUCUGCCCACAUGGUGUCUGCCCACAUGGUGUCUGCCCACAUGGUGUCUGCCCACAUGGGUUCUGCCCACAUGGGUUCUGCCCACAUGGUGUCUGCCCACAUGGUGUCUGCCCACAUGGUGUCUGCCCACAUGGUGUCUGCCCACAUGGGUUCUGCCUACAUGGUGUCUGCCCACAUGGUGUCUGCCCACAUGGGUUCUGCCCACAUGGUGUCUGCCCACAUGGUGUCUGCCCACAUGGGUUCUGCCCACAAUGGUGUCUGCCCACAUGGUGUCUGCCCACAUGGGUUCUGCCCACAUGGUGUCUGCCCACAUGGGUUCUGCCCACAUGGUGUCUGCCCACAUGGUGUCUGCCCACAUGGGUUCUGCCCACAUGGUGUCUGCCCACAUGGUGUCUGCCCACAUGGGUUCUGCCCACAUGGUGUCUGCCCACAUGGUGUCUGCCCACAUGGUGUCUGCCCACAUGGGUUCUGCCCACAUGGUGUCUGCCCACAUGGUGUCUGCCCACAUGGGUUCUGCCCACAUGGUGUCUGCCCACAUGGUGUCUGCCCACAUGGGUUCUGCCCACAUGGUGUCUGCCCACAUGGUGUCUUCCCACAUGGGUUCUGCCCACAUGGUGUCUGCCCACAUGGUGUCUGCCCACAUGGGUUCUGCCCACAUGGUGUCUGCCCACAUGGUGUCUGCCCACAUGGGUUCUGCCCACAUGGGUUCUGCCCACAUGGGUUCUGCCCACAUGGUGUCUGCCCACAUGGUGUCUGCCCACAUGGGUUCUGCCCACAUGGUGUCUGCCCACAUGGUGUCUGCCCACAUGGUGUCUGCCCAUAUGGGUUCUGCCCACAUGGUGUCUGCCCACAUGGGUUCUGCCCACAUGGUGUCUGCCCACAUGGUGUCUGCCCACAUGGGUUCUGCCCACAUGGUGUCUGCCCACAUGGUGUCUGCCCACAUGGUGUCUGCCCACAUGGGUUCUGCCCACAUGGUGUCUGCCCACAUGGUGUCUGCCCACAUGGGUUCUGCCCACAUGGGUUCUGCCCACAUGGUGUCUGCCCACAUGGUGUCUGCCCACAUGGGUUCUGCCCACAUGAGUUCUGCCCACAUGGUGUUUGCCCACAUGGUGUCUGCCCACAUGGUGUCUGCCCACAUGGGUUCUGCCCACAUGGGUUCUGCCCACAUGGUGUCUGCCCACAUGGUGUCUGCCCACAUGGGUUCUGCCCACAUGGUGUCUGCCCACAUGGUGUCUGCCCACAUGGGUUCUGCCCACAUGGGUUCUGCCCACAUGGUGUCUGCCCACAUGGUGUCUGCCCACAUGGGUUCUGCCCACAUGGUGUCUGCCCACAUGGUGUCUGCCCACAUGGUGUCUGCCCACAUGGGUUCUGCCCACAUGGUGUCUGCCCACAUGGGUUCUGCCCACAUGGUGUCUGCCCACAUGGUGUCUGCCCACAUGGUGUCUGCCCACAUGGGUUCUGCCCACAUGGUGUCUGCCCACAUGGUGUCUGCCCACAUGGGUUCUGCCCACAUGGUGUCUGCCCACAUGGUGUCUGCCCACAUGGUGCUAGCGGUUGGUAUCUUUGCAGGUCUGUUGACAGGUGUGGUGGUGGACUCUGGGGACGGAGUGACCCACAUCUGUCCAGUUUACGAGGGAUUCUCUUUGCCUCAUCUCACUCGCCGCCUCGACAUCGCAGGACGUGACAUCACACGGUACCUCAUCAAGCUGCUGCUGCUGCGAGGCUACGCCUUCAACCACACGGCAGACUUUGAGACGGUGCGGAUGCUGAAGGAGAAGCUGUGUUAUGUGGGCUACAACAUCGAGCAGGAGCAGAGACUGGCCACAGAGACCACCUUCCUGGUCGAGACGUACGACCUUCCGGACGGGCGGCAGGUGCGUGUUGGCGGUGAGAGGUUUGGGGCUCCGGAGGCUCUGUUCCAGCCUCAUCUGAUCAACAUCGAAGGAGCCGGAGUCGCAGAACUUCUGUUCAACACCAUCCAGGCGGCGGACAUCGACCUCAGUAGAGUGGAGAAGGGCUCCAUAGGACUGAUGCUGAUACUGUAA